UAUAAAAGCAAAGCAGAAUAACUCGUUGGUGUUCAGUAUCCGAUCCGCGCUUUUAAGCAGCAGCCAGCAAGUAACCCGAAGAGGCCAGCCACAGAGCAGCGAAUUGCUUUUAAUUAGAUUUCUAAUCACCCUAAAAAACACAACAAACAAAGCAAAAUGUCUUCUGAAGUGAGCAGCGACAACCCAAUCUAUGGCCCCUUCUUCGGAGUUAUGGGCGCCGCCUCCGCCAUCAUCUUCUCGGCUCUGGGCGCUGCUUAUGGCACUGCUAAGUCUGGUACCGGUAUUGCUGCCAUGUCAGUGAUGCGUCCUGAACUGAUCAUGAAAUCCAUCAUUCCUGUGGUCAUGGCGGGUAUCAUUGCCAUUUACGGUCUGGUGGUGGCUGUGCUCAUUGCCGGCGCGCUGGAAGAACCCUCAAAGUACUCACUCUACAGGGGCUUCAUUCACCUGGGAGCCGGUUUGGCGGUGGGCUUCUCUGGCCUGGCAGCCGGUUUUGCGAUCGGCAUCGUGGGAGACGCCGGUGUCCGUGGCACAGCACAGCAGCCCAGACUGUUCGUCGGCAUGAUCCUGAUUCUCAUCUUCGCCGAAGUGUUGGGUCUCUACGGCUUGAUUGUGGCCAUUUACCUGUACACGAAAUAAAUCAAUCAAUGCAAACACACAA